CGUUUUCUUUUCUCCGGUGUUUUAACCCCCGCGGCCGCCAUUAACGAACACACUGAAAUUGAUUCCCAGUCAAACUCGACGGUCUCCCUCCCUCCCUCCCUCUCUUCGUGACUACAUAUCUAUCAGUCUCCCGUAACAGAAGAAACGAAGAUCCCCCAAGUCGGAGCUGAGGAGGGGGCAAAGCUUUAAGACUCAUCAUCAUCGAAUUCAUCGAAAAGAAGAAGAAAGUAGAAAGAAGAAGAAGAAGAAGAAGAAGAAGAAGAAGAAGAAAGAUGUGGUACGAUCUGAUCCUCCAAGCUGUGCUCCUCCUCGUCACCGUCGUCAUGUUCCUCACCAUCUACGGCAUCCCCCAGCGUGCCCUCUCCCGCCUCCGCCUCCGCCUCCGCAGCCGUUCAGACCUCCAGGCCAAGCGCCACUUCGUCCUCGGCGCCCAGCUCCUCUCCAAGGCCAGAUCCGCCCCUUCCAGCUCCUCCGCCGCCUCCCUCGCCCGCGAGGCCGCCUCCGAGGCCGACCUCGCCAUCUCCGUCGACCCCCGUGACGCCGCCUCCCACAUACUCAAGGCCCUCGCCCUCGACCUCCAGGGCUUCCGCACCUCCGCCCUCGACUCCUUCGACACCGCCCUCUCCCCGCUCGCCAUCAAGUCCCUCGGCGAGAAGGAGAUCGGGGACGCCCUGUACAAGAGGGCCGAGAUCAAGGUCGCCCUCAGCAGCCGUGGCCGGGUCGACUCGGCCUUGGAUGAUCUGAAUCGGGCCGUGAAGCUUAGCCCCAGCCCCAAGGCCUACUCUCUGCUGGGGCACUGCUACGAGAAGAAGAAGAUGAAGGACGAAGCUCUCAAGGCCUACGAGGAGGCCCUGAGGAUCCAGCCGGCCCUAUCAGACGCCCAAGAGGCUCUCGCCCGGCUCCGUUCGUAGCGGACUAAUGAUAGACAGCUCGGAAGUAGAUGAAAAGCAAGGAAAUCAAUCAGAUGUUAAGGAAGAAAAGAAAUUGCCGGGCGAUCGACAUUUCCUCGGAAUUGAAAUCGAUCGGUUCGGCAGUGCUGUGCCAUUGAUCUUUGUAAUGUAGCAGCUGAUUGUUCAUUUCCUCAUUAAGGUUGCAAAUGUCGUUCUCUUUGCAGCUAUUAUCUAUCGGAUCGACUCGAAUCUCAUGGUUUGGUGAGAAGGCCGCAUAAUUCUCCGGUGAAAUGCCCCCGGUGUCUGCCAUUAUACUUGGCACUUGAAAAUCCGGAUUACCGGCUCUUGGUUAGUGUUCGAUAAUGAUCUUCCUGAGAUGUAUUCUAUAAUUUUCAAUCUUCGAGUUCAGCCACCGUAUCUAGUUUUUGGGUGACAUGGUUCGGGAAAGGGUUUCCCAUA